UUGCACUAAAAGCAAAAACAAAAGAAAAACAUUAGAUGAUAAUAAAACGAAAUCGCAACUUGCAGCAAUAAACAAAAGUACAUACGGUACAUUGGAUACGUAUUUUGGAAUAUGAUCCCUCUAAAACAAGUUGGAUAUAAAUACUUUUUUUUUAACCAGUUCUAAUAAGUUUUUAUACAAAUAUUUACAUAUUUGCGUAUUUUAAAAAGCUCUAUAUAUAAAUAGUGUUAGCGAAAAAUUAAUUGAAAAAGCAACUGAAAAAUUUUCUUAUCUUGUCGAAAAGAUAAUAGAUCUACAAUAUUUGAAUAUUUGUCUAGUAUUGUGUAGAUUAGCGCAUAGGUCACUAUGAAUAUUUUGGAGUUAAUUGGGAUAGUGGUUUUACUUUAUUACAUAAUAAACUUGAUGUUAUGGAUAGUACUUGAUUCAGACAUAGAGUUGGCUGUAAAAGAAAAAUUUGGUCAACCUCUCUCAUCCCUUCGAGGUAAGGUCGUGUGGAUUACUGGGGCUUCUAGUGGAAUCGGCAAAUAUUUGGCUCUAGAUUUGGCAAAAUAUGGAGUUCGUUUGGUUAUAUCUGCCCGACGUGAAAAUGAAUUAAUAAAAGUGAAAGAAGAAUGUUUAGAUAACUGUCAUGGCCUUUUAGCUAGAGAUGAUAUUUUAAUUUUAAAAAUGGAUAUGCUGGAUAUAGAUAAGCACGAAGAUCAUUUUAAAAAUGUGAUUGACCAUUUUGGGAAAUUAGAUAUAUUGGUUAAUAACGCUGGAAGAUCACAACGUGCCGAAUGGGAUAAAAUUGAUAUCCAAGUAGAUCGAGAUCUUUUUGAGUUGGAUGUUUUUUCAGUAAUUAAUUUAUCUCGCGUUGUUGUUAGAUAUUUCAAACAGUGUGCUGGUGGUAUAGGACAUAUCGCAAUAACUUCUAGUGGAGCAGGACUUACUGCACUCCCAUUUUCAGCCAGCUAUUGUGGUGCUAAACAUGCGUUACAUGGUUACUUUGCUUCAUUGAAAGUUGAAGAACAAAAAAUUGAUGUUACUGUGUUUUGCCCAGGACCAAUAGCUACAGAUUUCCUUCAAGAAAGUUUUACUGCGGAUCCAAAUAAGAAAUAUGGCGAGCGCAUUGCAAGUGAUGACCGACGAAUGACAGCAGAACGUUGUGGACAUUUAUUUGCCGUUGCCCUUGCAAACAAAACGUAUCAAUCAUGGGUCGGAUUGUUCCCAGUAUCUUUAUUAUUGUAUAUUACUCAAUAUUUUCCAAAUUUGAGAUUAAUGGUAAUGAAAAUAUUAGGCACACGAGGAAUAAAAAAAAUUCGUGAGGGCAAAUAAUAGCUUUUAUGGAUUCAGUUCUUCUUUUGGUGUUUUUCAGCAGUUUUAAACCUUUACUGAAGACAAUAAACUACCAUAUUUUUAAUAAAUUUUUGAAUAAAUAUUUUGUGAUAAAAAGUU